UCAAAAGCGGAAACACAACCUGGCUACUUAUGCUAGCGCGGUGGUGAUGGUGAAUACGUCCUCGGCUUUUUGGUCAGCCGUGUGUUUUCCUUCAAUGUAAUUACAAAAAUAGCAUCAUAUUACUUUACAAAGAAACGCUAGGAACUCUAGUUUUAUGAUGUUCUUUUCUUUUUGCAAAAAUGGCGACUGCUACACACUAGCAUUUUUAUGCUAGCUAACGCAACCCCCUGUUUAUUUAAACGAGCCUGGAUUAAACAUAACUCGGUUCCACAUAAAAAGAAUCGCAAUUGGAUAUAAAGCAAUGGCGCUCAAAUCGGAAGAAGAACGUUUGAAGGAGAUGGAAGCGGAGAUGGCUCUGUUUGAGCAAGAGGUUCUUGGUGGCCCAUUGCCACUAUCAGGAAAUCCUCCUGUCAUGGAGGCUCUACCUGUAGCUGUGACUGUCACAACGAUACCAGUCGUACGACCAGUUAUUGGCACCAACACCUUCAGACAGGUCCAGCAAACACUCGACGCCAGAGGUAAUUUUGUUGGCCCACCACCGACCUUUGUUGGACCAGCUCCAGUCCCCCCAGUGCGUGCGCCCCCUCCUCCGAUGAUGAGGCCAGCCUUCGUUCCCCAUAUUUUACAAAGACCAAGUGGUCCGAGGCUCCACAUUCUUCGUGCCCCACCUGUCGCCCCUCCUUUGCCGCGGCCUCCCCCACCUCCGCCCAUGAUGGGUUCGCCUCCCACGCAAGGCCAGGCACCUCAGGGGCUUUCGCCGCCCAUCCAGCACAUGACCACCGCACCUCCGGUCAGUGACGUGUCCUCAGCUUCCUCCCCAUCGGCAAGAACAGCCGUUUCGACAUCCGUCAAGCCUCCGCCAGUCUUCCAAGGAUCGCCGACCGUUUACUCGGCACCCCCCGUCACAGUCGUGUCCCGAAAAAGCGACGUUACAUCUCAGCGGCAAGCAAGAAUGGAGGAGCUGGCGGCUCGGGUUGCCCAGCAACAGGCCGUUGUGAUGGCGGCGGGGCUGCUGGAGAAGAGUGAGAGCGAUGACGGCGGCGUCAUCGGACCAAGCAUGCCUGAGCCGGAACCCGUGCGCCACGAGGUGCAGCACCACACUUAUAAGUCAAAGCAUGCGGAAAGUUCCUCGGAAGACAAAAAGGGGAAGCCGAAGACUGAGAAAGUAAGGAAGUGUAUCCGAACGGCAGCAGGGACGUCCUGGGAGGACGCCAGCCUGUUAGAAUGGGAGCCCGACGACUUCCGAAUCUUCUGCGGGGACCUCGGCAACGAGGUCAACGAUGACAUACUGGCCAGAGCCUUCAGCAGGUAUCCAUCAUUCCUCAAAGCUAAGGUGGUGAGAGACAAGCGCACGGGAAAGACAAAAGGCUACGGCUUUGUCAGCUUCAAAGAUCCGAACGAUUAUGUGCGAGCCAUGAGAGAGAUGAACGGAAAAUACGUCGGCAGUCGUCCCAUCAAACUGAGAAAAAGCAUGUGGAAGGAUCGCAACAUGGAGGUUGUUCGAAAGAAGCAGAGAGAAAAGAAAAAGCUGGGCCUUAGAUAGAAAGCAUUAACUUUUUUUUUUCCCCACGUUUUAAAUAAAGUCAACUCUUCAUGAUGGACAUGGUGCUUUUGUAUUCU